UUGUACUCUUUGUACUCGGUCGGCGGUAAAUAACUAAAUAACUAGGUAUAUAACCUAAAAAGUUUUUUAUUUUGGACUUUACAAAUAAGAUUUAUAUUUAUUUAUCAUUGUCAAAAGGGGAAUAUUAAGCAAAAUGAGAGAAACGUUUAUUUCUAACUGUGAAAAAUCGUUUAUCCAAAAAAUUAUAAAUGCUGGCCAUCGGCUAGAUGGAAGAGGUUACAAUGAGAGCCGAAAGCUUAACAUAGCUUUUGGUUCUGAAUACGGCAGUUGCUUCGUAUCACUAGGUGACACAAAAGUUUUAGCUCAGGUAUCAUGUGAAGUAGUUCAACCAAAACAAAUACGGCCAAAUGAGGGCAUUCUAUACAUAAAUGUUGAAAUAAGUCCGAUGGCUGCACCACACUUCGAAACAAAUAGACAAUCUGAUCUCAAUGUUUAUCUUAAUCGAUUAAUUGAAAAAUGCUACAAAGAUUCUAAAUGCAUUGAUCUUGAAUCAUUAUGUAUUGUUGUGGAGGAAAAGGUGUGGUCAUUGAGAGUUGAUAUUAAGAUUCUCAAUCAUGAUGGAAAUUUAAUAGAAGCUGCAAGCAUAGCCACUUUAACUUCAUUAGCCCAUUUUAAAAGGCCAGAUGUAACAAGAAAUGGGGACAAGAUAGUUAUUCAUACAUUAGCAGAGAAAGAUCCUAUUCCCACUGUGCUUUACCACUAUCCUGUAUGUUUAACUUUUGCAAUAUUUGGAGAAAUUCUUUUAACUGAUCCAAGUUUUAUUGAAGAGUCUGUAUGUAUGUGUACUGCUGAAGAGGGCAACAGUGGUGGAGGUCUACUUGUUGUUGGUGUUAAUCAGUACAAGGAACUAUGCCUACUGGAUUUAAAUGGGGCAGCUAUAGACAGUCCAAAUAUUGUACACAAGGCAAUCAUUUGUGCAACAGAGAGAGGCAAAACUGUCGUUGAGUAUAUCAAGAAAUUAAUAAUUACAGAUGAUAAUAACAGACAAAAACGGGUAAAGAUCAAUUUUGCUGAUAUAAUAACUAAUAAUCAUAUACAAUCAUUAGCAAGAAAAGAUUUAAGUAUAUGCCUGAAAAACUACAAUGUUAAUGAUGUUAAGACUGAAGAUGUUGAGGAAAUGGAGGAUGAAGAAGAUGUUAAGGAAAUAAGUAAAUAUGAUGUUGUGAAGUCACAUCCCCAUACAGCUGAAGUUAAAUUGAAGACAGGGACAUCUGCUUGGAUUGAAAUAUCAUCAGAAUCAGACGAAGGUUAAUAAAAAAGAUAUUGAUUGAUAA